AUGCAAGAGCCUCCUUUUACUUUUGAAGAAUUCUUACGGUCUCAAGAUUUGGUGAGAAUGGCCAAGUUGAUCUCUCUCAAUGAGCCUUAUUCUUUGGUGGGUAGUAUACAAAAAGAUUAUUCUUUCACUGCUAUAUGUAAAUAUUUGUAUGACCAUGUUCCAUUGACCAUCAGUCCACCCUCAGAUUUGGAGAAGAGAAUAAACACAUGUAUCACUUAGCUAAGAGAAACAUGCUGAAAAAUAUUUUCAUUACAAUGUGGACCAGCAUAUCUAGAGGAACAUCUUGCUGCCCUUGAACAGAACAUUGCUACUGAGCAAAUUGAAGCAGAGGAAGUUCUGACUCAGACAAGUGAGAUGAGGAAAGCAAAGGUAUUUUGUUGCCAAAUUGUUGAGGAGUCAAAGAGUAGAAAUGUAGAGACCUGUAACUACCCUGGUUCCAAGGUAAAACAACUUUCAGAAUUACCAAGACAUUUGGAAGCUCCAGAACUUUGGGACUUAGUUAUAAAAGCUCAGCAUUCCCAAGUAUGUACUCUUUCUUCCACUAUCCUAAACAGAAGCUGCUGAUAUGGAGUAUUGCAAAUAUUUUGACACAUCUAUCUUUGCAUUCCAUUUUCAUUCUCCUUUUAGCACUAUUAGCAUUUCUUGAAGCUACAAAAUUGAAAAAUCUAGUAGUCAUUUAUUAUUAGGAGCCAUUGUUGUUGAAAGAUUCUUCUUGCUGCCCUGUCCUUAUGUCCCAGAGUUGACCAAUAAUUAAAGUACUGAAAUAAAUAAUGUUAAAAUAGUAUUAAACUUUGAAAAGAAUUUCAAAAGUGAUGUAAACCCAGAAUUAGAAUGUAGAGUAUGUAAUUUUAUUGCAGUCCCUUUUGGCAUAUAUAUUACACAUCAUCUUAAAUUACAUGAUCAGUUUUUUUAAUGUAUUGAGUACACAAAUCUGACAAUGCUCAGGGAGUGAUUUAAGAUUAUGCAGUGAGAUGAUUAUCUGUAACACCUACAUCUGAUUCGCUGCAGGAAUUGUAGGAUUGGAAAAGUAGGAGUUUGCAGUAAGUAUGUGAAACACUUGAAUGCUAUCAUGCAAAUUAAUUUCAAAUUAAUUUCUUCUGUGGGUGAUCAUUCACUUUUACUCCACAGCUGGUAAGCAUGAACCUCAAGGUUGUGAAACUGAUCUUGUAGCAGCAGUGUUAGCAGCAGCAUGUACAUACUCAAAUACAUACUCAUGCCUCUCACCUGAGGGCAUAAAAAGUGAAAACAUUCCUUAUUUCUUUCAUAUGACCAACAGCAGCAAAAUGAAGCCCUUACAGUGUCCAGCUGCUUCUAUGUGCUAUUAAUAAUGCUAGUUAACAGCUGUUUUUUGUCAGCCAAGACAAGAUUUAUUUGAUGAUAUGUUAAUUCCCCCAGUGUACAUGCACCCAUCUUUUAUGUGACUGAUGUGGGGUACUAAUUAUAUGUAAAGAUAAAGCUUUUCCACCUGCCCCUUGACUGAAUUAGUCAUAAAAAUUUUAAAUGACAAUUUAGAGUAUUAUUGCAAUGCUAACCUUUCUGGUUUGAUUUUUCACUCACUUCAGUGGGAAUUAGCUAUGGCCUCAAAUACUUAGUUACUUCACUAGCAGACAAACGAGAAGUCAUAGUCUUUCCAUGUGAAUUCAGAAUUUUAAGUAACAGUUGCAAAACCAGGGCUGUUUUAGAGCUAUGUGUCUCCUGUCUUUGUGAUCUGCUUCAAACAGUGAUCCCUAUUCCUGUGGCCAGUUAGUUGACUGGUAGGUCAUGGUAGCUUUCUCUUUGGGAAAGUCAGUUUGGGGCAGAGUCAGAAUUCAUGGCACUGUGAAACGCCAAGAUACAGUACGUUAGAUUUUUUUAUAACUUCCACUUGAAGUGGAAAUGUGUAAGCCUUCAUUAAUAUUUAUCUUUAAAAUGUAAAUGCUUAAUGUAAUAAGAUACAGAUUAGAUAAGUAUACAUACUUAGAGCAUAAAUGAAACCAUAAGGAAAAAGUAAUUUAUUUUACGAACAAAUUUGAAUUCUCACUAUAGAAACAUUUUAAAAAUUUGAUAAGUAGCUACCCCAAAUUACUUCCUUUAUGCUGUUGGAUCAAUAGGUUUGCAUUGGUACAGAAAUAUAUAGAAACAAGUGGAACAGAUUCCUAAUAGUCAUGUGAUCAUAGUUACCACCAACAUAAAACAAUCACUAAUUUGUUACUAGUAUCAGAUACUCUGAAAUCCUGACUUUUGAUCCAUUUUGCAUAUUAAGGUGUUAUUAUUAAUCAAAAUAAAAAUUAUUUUUAUAACUUUUUUGCAAAUUAACCUAUCAUUAAAUACUAUUACACAGACUGAAUUUCACAAUCUAUGUUAAAAUAGUUACUAACUGAUAAGACUGAAGGAUAUUGUAAAUGUUAUGUCACUUACCUACUGCAUUUUUCUGAAUGAAUUCUGACUGCUUCAAAUUUAUAAAUGAAGGAAACUGUUAAUUCCUGUCGUUUGUCCAAGUCCAAAUACUGUCAAGCUGAUAAAAACAAGUUGUGCAGAAUGAAGGUUAGAUUUAAAAUUCUGAUUGUUAAGCGACCUUGAUAAACUCUAUGUCUAAAUAGUGACCUGUUGAUAGUACUUGCUGCAAAACAUAUGUGUGCAUGAAUGUAACAUUUUUGAGAAAAAGUGUUUAAAUACAAACAGAAGCAUGCUUGGUGAAGUUGACAGUGAAAUAUCAAUAUGCAGAAGUAAUCACUAGUCCUACAAAAUAUGAAAAGUCAUAAUUUUUUUGCAUAAAACCUAAUAUCUUGGCACUCAAAGAAUGGCUGUAGACCUUACUACUUGCACUGGAUAAAAAUAUUGUAUGGGUUUAUAAUCUACAGCUAUUCCUAUUAGAGGCAUUUGUAAUACACUGCCAGAACCUGAUGUAGCUUUCUGAAACGCCACACCUGUGUUUUAAAAAAAACCCAACUUUGGAGGACUGAUUUUAAAAUUUUGUUUAUUUGUGUUUAAAUAUGUGCAAAUGUACCCAGAUAAGCAAGACGCAAGGAACACAGAAAUCGUGUUAGCACUUCUGCACACAGUUCUGGCACAGUUUACAAUCGAUGCUUGCCUCCUAAUGUAAAAGGAAAUAAGUUAAUCCAGUGUCUUCAUCUGCUUUGUUGUUGUGGUUAUUUACAAAAUUUCUGUUCUUACAUAUUUUUAAACUAUGUGAUAAAUGUAAUGCCACAAGUGUGA